UGCUUCGAUUCUUUGAGUUAUCAUUUUACAAAAGCCUCCUUCUUAUCGUCAUUAUACAGCACUCUUAAUGCACCAGCCCUUGGAAAGUUGGUCCAGUAUAUGAACAUUUUCUGCGGUCACUGCCGAAGAUUCGUACCCAUCUACAAGAAAAUGGCUGUGGGUCUCCAGAAGUGGAAUCGUGUUCUUCGGAUUUAUGCAGUGGACUGUGCCCAGGAGGAGAACGUGAAUAUAUGUCGGGAUUUUGAAAUUACUUGGACCCCCUCACUGCGCUUUUAUCCUUCGAACUUUCGGCAGUCACGUGAUGGACUGGGAACAGACAUUCCCACAGUGGAACCUAAGGAAAUAGUGGAACAUCUUAUAAGGCUUCUGGCCAAAAAUGACUACACUGGAACCAAGGAACGGAAUCCUAUUUUUGAACCACUUCAGAGACACGAGAAUGCAAAGAACAUCUUCGAUCGAUUUGACAACGAAUUGCAGCAUAUUUUGCUUGUUUUUCAGCCGACAUACUCCCAGAUUGGAAUAGAAACGCUUCUCGACCUUCUUCCUUAUCCCGAUGUGGCUGUGCGGAUCCUCACUGAUGCCCAUCUCUUCACUCAUUUCGGUUUGAAGGCAUUCGACCAAAAUAUAGCCCUCAUAGAUAGAAAUGGAAAAAUACAUUCAAUAAUUCCAAGCGGACAAAGUAGCUCCGCUUACGUGGAAAGCGUUGCUAACUUUCUCGAGCAAAAGGGACACACAAGUUUUCCCAAAUUGCCAACAACUGAAGCUCCCAAAGAGAUAUUGCCGAUGGGAAUGGAUGCUGUUAUUUUGGACCAUGUUCUAAGCUCACCGCCGAAGGUCUAUCAAGCUGAUUUGGAGCAGGCAAUCGAUCAAAUCCUGCACAUCGAAAUACCUAAGUCGAAAUUUAUAAAUGGAUACAAGUUUAAGGCUCUUCGCCAUAUUGUAAGGGUGUUCCGCCGCUUUAGUCCUCUGAACCGAGAUGGAAGACGGCUGUUAAACAGUCUUGUAAAACAUCUGAAAGCCAUUAAUGGAAUGACAGGAGAGCAGUUCGCUAAUAAACUAAGCGAACUUGAGAAAAGGGUGGGAAAGAUCUUCAAGGGAAGGCGCUACGUGGGCUGCUUGGGCUCCAAACCCUUUAUGCGGGGAAUCCCCUGCUCCUUUUGGACCCUCUUUCAUUAUUUGACUGUGAUGUCGGCCCAAAGGCCAACCGUUUAUAAGCCAAGUGUCGUGUUGCUAGCACUUUAUGGGUUUGCCAAGUACUUUUUCGGCUGCACGGAGUGUGCCCAGCACUUUCAAAAGAUGGCAAAGCGACGGAAAAUAGGAUAUGUACAGUCCCAUGACGAGGAGAUCCUUUGGCUGUGGGAGGGUCACAACGAAGUGAAUAAAAGGCUGGCUGGCGAUGCCACGGAGGAUCCCAAGUUCCCGAAAGUGCAGUUUCCACUGCGGAAACACUGCCCUUCCUGCUACAACUCGAAUGAAUGGAACAGAGCUGAGGUACUGAAAUACCUAAAAGGCCUUUACAAUAUCAAAAAUGUAAGCUAUUACGGAUUGCCUCACCUUUAACUGUUCUUCAAGAUGAAACCAGACCUAGUAAACUUCGACAAACCUCAAAUGUGUAUCAGAGCAACAAAAGCAAAAUAUAAACAAAUAAAAAUUAAUUCUAGGCA